AUGGCAACCAUUAUCAAUUCACUUGCAGUACCCUCGAGUUAUCGUGAUCAGCUAUAUCAAGGAUCUUCGGAUCAAUUGAGCGACGAUCUUGCCACCACAGCAACGCUAUAUGUGGGUAAUUUAUCCUUCUUUACGACAGAAGAACAAAUCUACGAACUCUUUUCCAAAUGUGGGGAAAUCAAACGUAUCAUUAUGGGCCUCGAUCGUAAUCAAAAGACUCCCUGUGGAUUUUGUUUCGUAGAAUAUUAUCAUCGUAGCGAUGCCCUCGAUUGUAUGAAAUAUAUCAAUGGAACGAAACUAGACGAACGUGUCAUUCGUUGCGAUUUAGAUCCUGGUUUCAAAGAAGGACGACAGUUUGGACGUGGUAAAAGUGGUGGACAAGUUCGUGAUGAAUAUCGUACUGAAUUCGACGUUGGUAGAGGCGGUUGGGGUCAUCGUAUGCGUUUACAACUGGAACAAGAGCGUGAACGUAAUAUUAAAGAGAACUAUGAAGCAAUCAAGGAUAUUCCUCGUGGCGCAGAUGAAUAUAAAAGUAGAACAACAAAUACAACAGCAGCAUCGGCAGGGCAAGGUACAAAACGUAGAAUGGAUGAUAAAGCAUACGAAGAAAACACUAAUAAACGUACUAAGGAGAAUCCACGUUUCAGAGAGACUGAGGAUGAUGAAGAAGAAUAA